AAAAAAAAACUAGAAAAUAAUUAUAUGGUACAUUGGUACUCCCUAAAAUAGAAUUGAAAUCACACAAGCUCACUCAUGUCCACACAACAUUCGCAAGUCCCUUAAUUAAAUCACGUCUACAAACCCAUAUACGGAGUAGCCGAUAUAGGGCAUAGACCAAAGUCUAGACCGUAGCACUAUACUUCGUAGUUUUUAUGUUUCGUAAAACUGGUACGAGUAAAUGCUGCUCAUUUGCACAGAAAUUUGUAGUUUUUCAAGUGCACCCCUCUACUUCUCUCUCCUCUAUUGAACCGUACUUUGAAUUCUCCAUUGAAGUGCCUUUCUGAGCUUUUUCUCCUCCAUUGAAGCAGCUUCGAGGUAUUGAGGGUAAAAUGUGUUUAGAGGAGUUGGAAGUUGAUACAGGUGGUGAAUCAAUGCCAGAGCUGGAAAGCCAUGAAAUAUCGGCUUCCGGCGACCGAGUUUUUGAUGAUGUUAAUGAUUAUGACGAUAAUGAUGAUGUUGAACAAGUCCCUGUAUGGCUUGGUUUUGUUGAAAAGCCUAAGAAUAGCCGGUUGCUUCUCCGUGAAGCCUUUCCGAGCAAAGCCGGAGGUGUUCCGGCGUGGUUGGAUCCUGUGAAUUUACCGACCGGGAAGUCGUGUCUUUGUGAUAUGUGUGGGGAGCCUUUGCAGUUCUUACUUCAGGUGUAUGCUCCUAUCUCAGAAAAGGAAUCAGCAUUUCAUCGAACUUUAUAUGUGUUCAUGUGCCUUUCUAUGACAUGCCUUCUUAGAGAUCAGCACGAGCAAUGGAAGCGUGGACCACAAGUGCCAUCUCGAAGUGUGAAGGUUUUCCGCUGCCAACUCCCGCUUACGAAUGCCUUUUACUCAAGUGAGGCGCAGAAGGAUGGGAGUGCCAGACCAUUAGGAUCAGGAGCUCCCCUUUGUGCUUGGUGUGGCACAUGGAAAGGAAAUAAAUUAUGUAGCAACUGCAAAACAGCUCGUUACUGCUCUGAGAAACAUCAGGUAUUGCACUGGCGUGCAGAUCAUAAAGUCAAAUGUCAACAACUAAGUAUUUCUUCCAAAUCAUCUGAUGAUACCUCUUCAAAUGAGGCUGUCACAGCUGCAAGCAAAGCUCUUUGGCCUGAGUUUGAGAUCAUAAACGAACAUGAAGAUAACUUUUCAUUUUCUGAUACUGAUGAAAAUGAUUCAUUGGUCUCAAGGCAACAAGUGGAUGAAGCAGCUGACUCACUCAUGGACAGCUUUGAGGGUGAUGAUGAUCGACAGAGCUGGGCGACAUUUCAACAGCAUCUUGCUAAAGCCCCUGAACAAGUAUUGAGAUACUCUAGAGAUGAAGGGGCAAAGCCUUUGUGGCCUACAUCAAGUGGCCGACCAUCUAAAGCUGAUAUACCAAAGUGCUCUUCCUGUGGCGGCACAAUGAAAUUUGAGUUACAGAUCUUGCCUCAAUUGCUGUACUACUUUGGUGUGAACAAUGAUGUCAACUCGCUGGACUGGGCAACAAUAGUGGUGUACACCUGUGCUGACUCUUGUGAAGGAAAUCCAUCUUACAAAGAAGAGUUUGUUUGGGUCCAACUUACCUCGCAAUCUUCAACUGAUGCUUGAUUACCACAAUUAGAAGCUUCUUCCCCUCCCCAAACACAGACACACCCUUUUUGUAGUGAUAUAUGUAGGAAACCUAUGUGGCCGUGUGAUGCUUGUCAAAGCAGUUAAAGUCCCUCAAUUUUGUUAAUUCCUUGUCUUAGUGAUUUUAUAGUUGAAAAUCAAGAGGCUUAUAUUUUUGCUGCAAGGUUGCAGGUUGCUAUAUAGACUAAAACCACAAGAUGUAUUAUUAAAUCUAUUCCAAACUACUGUAGCUAUCAAGAUUUGGGCUGUGCAAAAUUUGAGUAGAUACAAAUUGAGUAUGAAAUUUUAUAUUGUUCUAUUUGUGUA